GGAAGCUGCCCUCCCCGGGGCUUGGGCAACCGAGGAAAGGAAAUCACCUCGGCUGGGAGUGUGGCCGCUGGCACUGCUGGGGCUGUGCCUGCUGUCUGUGCUUCUGUCCUCCUCAAAAUGCAGUUUCUUGAUGCUGAGCAGCUCCUGGUUGAUGAAGAAGAGGAUGUUUUUGGUGAAGGACUGCCAACGAGACUCCCAGAAAUCAUGUUGGUAGGAUCCCAGUCUUUUUCACCUGGAGGGCCCAAUGGGAUCAUUAGAAGCCAGUCCUUUGCAGGUUUCAGUGGCCUUCAGGAAAGGCGAUCCAGGUGUAACUCCUUCAUUGAAAAUUCCGCCGCUCUCAAGAAGCCUCAGGCCAAACUGAAGAAAAUGCAUAAUUUAGGUCACAAAAACAACAACCCUCCCAAAGAGCCUCAGCCUAAAAGGGUGGAAGAAGUCUACAGGGCCUUGAAAAAUGGACUCGAUGAGUAUCUGGAAGUUCACCAGACAGAGCUGGACAAGCUGACAGCUCAGUUAAAAGAUAUGAAAAGAAACUCUCGCCUGGGUGUGCUGUAUGAACUAGACAAGCAAAUUAAAACGAUUGAAAGAUACAUGAGACGCCUGGAGUUUCACAUUAGUAAGGUAGAUGAACUCUAUGAAGCUUAUUGUAUCCAACGACGCCUCCAAGAUGGUGCCAGCAAGAUGAAGCAAGCCUUUGCAACUUCCCCUGCCAGCAAAGCUGCCCGGGAGAGUCUGUCAGAGAUCAACAGGAGCUUCAAAGAGUACACAGAGAAUAUGUGCACCAUUGAAGCGGAGCUAGAGAGUCUGCUGGGGGAAUUCUCCAUCAGGAUGAAAGGUCUGGCUGGCUUUGCUCGCCUCUGUCCUGGAGAUCAGUAUGAGAUUUUCAUGAAGUACGGCCGGCAGAGGUGGAAACUGAAAGGCAAGAUAGAAGUAAAUGGCAAGCAGAGCUGGGACGGAGAAGAAACGGUUUUCCUGCCCCUGAUAGUCGGGUUCAUUUCCAUCAAGGUCACGGAGCUCAAAGGGCUGGCAACACACAUCCUGGUAGGCAGCGUCACCUGCGAGACCAAAGAGCUAUUUGCAGCCCGACCUCAGGUGGUGGCUGUCGACAUCAAUGACCUUGGCACCAUCAAACUGAACUUGGAGAUCACCUGGUAUCCGUUUGAUGUGGAGGACACGACCCCAUCCUCAGGCGCUGGGAACAAGGCAGCAGCCCUGCAAAGGAGAAUGUCCAUGUACAGCCAGGGGACCCCGGAGACGCCCACCUUCAAAGACCACUCCUUCUUUUCAAACCUGCCUGAUGACAUCUUUGAGGAUGGAAAGGCAGCCGAAGAGAAAAUGCCACUCUCUCUCAGCUUCAGCGACCUGCCCAAUGGGGACUGCACCCUCAUCUCCAACUCAACCAAUCCAGAAAUUACCAUCACCCCUGCAGAGCUCCACCACAGCAACCUGUCCCCCCAGAGUGAGGGUAGGGAUGAUACCAGCUUGCCCUCUUCCAGGAACUCCUUGGGAGAAGGCCAGGAGCCCAAGUCACACCUGCAGGGGGAAGACCGGGAAGAGCCUGGGAAACGGGCCUCGGCCACUUCUGAGCCUUGCCGGCGGCAGUCUGCAGGCGCCGGGGCCGAGCACCUGUUCCUUGAGAAAGAUGUAGCGGAGGCACUUCUGCGAGAGUCUGAUGAGGCCUCUGAACUCAAGCCCGUGGAACUGGACACUUUUGAGGGAAACAUCACAAAGCAGCUGGUCAAGAGGCUCACCUCGGCAGAGGUGCCAGUGGCCACAGAGAGGCUGCUCUUUGAGGGCUCUGUCAGUGGAGAGUCUGAAGGCUGUAGAUCCUUUCUAGAUGGAAGCUUAGAGGAUGCCUUUAAUGGGCUUUUCCUUGCAUUAGAACCACAUAAAGAGCAAUACAAAGAGUUUCAGGAUCUGAACCAAGAAGUCAUGCAUUUGGAUGAUAUUCUAAAAUGCAAGCCAGCAGUCAGCCGCAGCAGGUCCUCCAGUUUAAGUCUUACAGUUGAAAGUGCUUUAGAAAGUUUUGAUUUCCUGAACACUUCUGAUUUUGACGAGGAGGAAGAGGAUGGUGAUGAGGUUUGUAAUGUUGGAGGAGGUGCUGACUCAGUCUUUUCAGACACGGAGAUGGAGAAAAAUAGUUAUAGGUCAGUUCACCCAGAAGCCAGGGGGCACCUUAGUGAAGCGCUGACCGAAGACACGGGAGUUGGGACCAGUGUGGCAGGAAGCCCCCUCCCACUGACCACAGGAAACGAGAGCCUGGACAUCACCAUUGUCAGGCACCUGCAGUACUGCACCCAGCUUGUUCAGCAAAUUGUUUUCUCAAGCAAAACCCCAUUUGUGGCAAGAAAUCUCUUAGAGAAACUUUCUAGGCAGAUCCAGGUGAUGGAGAAACUCGCAGCUGUCAGUGAUGAGAACAUAGGAAAUAUCAGUUCUGUGGUGGAAGCCAUACCAGAGUUUCACAAAAAGUUGUCUUUGCUGUCGUUCUGGACCAAGUGCUGCAGCCCAGCUGGGGUCUACCACAGCUCAGCGGACAGGGUGAUUAAGCAGCUGGAGGCCAGUUUUGCCAGAACUGUCAACAAAGAAUACCCAGGACUUGCAGACCCAGUGUUUAGAACCCUGGUGUCCCAGAUCCUGGACCGGGCCGAGCCUCUGCUUUCCUCCAGCCUAUCUUCAGAAGUCGUCACUGUUUUUCAGUAUUACAGUUACUUUACCAGUCACGGUGUGAGUGACCUAGAGAGCUACCUGAGCCAGCUGGCCAGGCAAGUUUCCAUGGUUCAGACUCUGCAAUCACUAAGAGAUGAAAAACUCCUGCAGACCAUGAGUGACCUUGCUCCUAGCAACCUCCCCGCCCAGCAGGAAGUACUCAGGACCUUGGCUCUGCUGUUAACCAGAGAUGACAAUGAAGUUAGUGAGGCUGUGACACUUUACUUGGUAGCAGCCUCCAAAAAUGAGCAUUUCAGGGAAAAGGCCUUGCUCUAUUACUGCGAAGCACUAACCAAGACAAACCUCCAGCUCCAGAAGGCAGCUUGCCUGGCCCUGAAAACCCUUGAGGCUACUGAAAGCAUUAAAAUGCUGGUGACGUUGUGUCAGUCUGAUACUGAAGAAAUCAGAACCGUGGCCUCAGAAACCCUCCUGUCUCUUGGAGAAGAUGGGCGGCUGGCAUAUGAACAGUUGGACAAAUUCCCUCGAGACUGUGUUAAAGUUGGAGGUCGUCAUGGAACUGAAGUUGCCACAGCCUUUUAAUUACAAGUUAACUCUGCCCAACAGCUGUCUUAAUAUCUGGCCCUUUUCAUCAAAAUGGUGCUGUGAUUUAGCUGGGAAGUGUUUAUAACUUGAAGAGUUCUGUCGAGGUUAUCCGGGAAUUUAACAUGU